UUGCAAAAAUAAUGUCAAUCUCAGGGACCGAAUCUGUCAUUGCAUUGCCUGAUGAGAAAACAGAAGAACUUGAGCAGGACUCGAUGCACGGACUUUUUGAAUGCUCCAUUGAUGUACUUGCGAAUAUUGAUCAGGUUUCCUCUGUUAAGCCACAUGUUGACUUUGGAUUAAAAGUACUUGGUGCAAAUGCUAUGUCCAUUCCUGGCCUAUAUGGGUUUGUCCAGGAAAUGAUUAAAGAUCAAGUUGCAAACAUGUAUUUAUGGCUCAAAUCUCUAGAAGUACAAAGUAUGGAUCCAACAAAGUAACGAUCUGAGCCCAAGGUAAGGCAUCUAGGACACUUAGCUGGUGGUGCUUUAACCAAAGCAUUGGGUGCUGGAAGAAAAUGGUAAGGAUGGUGGUUGAUGAGAGCUCAGGAGGAUUUGGUUUCACAGGGAAGAGUGAGAUUAUAAAUGGGAAGCCAGCUGUAAUUGGGUUCUUGCUAUUGUUGGAUUUUGAGUUAUUGACUAGUAAAGGUAUUCUUAAGGGAACAGGCUUCUUGGACUUUAUUUAUUCUAUUUCAAAUGCUUUGCAAUAGUCUCAGGAAUUAAUCAUAUUCCUCUGAAAUGAGAUGAGGAAGUUUUAAAGGCUUUGUUGAGUUCACUGUGUUUUUAUGUUAUAAUCUUUCUUUAUGUUAUUGUUUUGUGUAGAAACUAGGAUGAUCUAUAUAGUUUCUUCUUCUUCAUGUUUUCUA